CUUCCGUUUCCUGUUCUGUUGAGCUUCUCCGUUGGCCCAGCGCCGAUUUCUGAAAUAAAAUAUCAUAAAAUAUCAUAAAUCAUCAAUGAACGAGCGCAUUUUUCUGCCCUGAAACACAGAUCCAGGCGCAGGCCACACGUGGAGGUGAAGUUUGUGCUUUAACUUGUUUCUGUGCGCCCCGUGUCGAGCGUCAGUAUGGGGGAGGUGGAGCUGUCCUGUCAGGCGUACGUGAAGAUGUACCUCCACGCGGCGCUGUUUCCUCGCUGCAGCGUCAACGGCCUGCUGCUCUCCUCCAGCUCCACAGGGGGCGCCGUCUGCGUCACCGACUGCGUGCCGCUCCUGCACUCGCACCUGUCCCUGGCGCCCGUCACCCAGCUCGCCCUCACGCAGGUCGACGUUUGGUGUUCACAGACGCAGCAAAGGAUUGUGGGAUAUUAUCAAGCCAACGCCUGUGUGUCUGACAGCAGCCCGACUCCGUGUGCUCUGAAGAUCGCAGACAAAAUCGCCGAACAGUUUGACGGGGCCGUUCUGUUAAUGCUCGAUGGCAGUAAGAUGUCUGCAGAUUACAGGGUUCCUCCCAUCGUCAUGUACGAACGCAAGGAUUCAAGAUGGACGCUCAAAGACAAGCACACGAUAAUGAUGCGUCAGUGGGAGGAGACCAGGGCGGUUGCGUCGCAGCUCCUGGACGCCGGUGAUCACAUGACCCUCGUGGAUUUCGACUCGCACCUCGAUGACAUCACCCGGGACUGGACCAAUCAGAAACUGAACCACAAAAUCAGCGAGCUCUCGUGCCCCGCCAACGGCACCAUCUGAACCUCCGGGCUUUAACAGAGAAUUCAACACCUGCCCCAUCACCUCUGUCCAUCACCUCUGUCCAUCACCUCUGUCCAUCACCUCUGUCCAUCACCUCUGUCCAUCACCUCUGUCCGUCACCUCUGUCCAUCACCUCUGUCCAUCACCUCUGUCCAUCACCUCUGUCCAUCUGUCCAUCACAUCUGUC